GGUGAAGUGUGGACUCAACAGGUGGGGAACUAAGUUUUAAUGGUCAGCCUAUGUGUAAGAAAUACAACUAUGUUACUAGAAGAAGGCAUUGCAAGUCGCUGUGUAGUGGCAUGUUGAUUGGUACAUGGUGAUACAUGGACUGAGUAUGGUGCACACAACACAUAAUGGAACUGACAGCAUGGGACGGAUUCGUAAACAGACAGACAACAAUAUCGCACAGUAAGGUAACAAGGAGUUCGCUUCGCCAUGUGGAAGAAGAUCCUAGCUGUGCUGUUCGGCGUUGUCAUUGGUUACUGGUUUUAUGAUGACUUCGACCCAGGUAAACUGAAGGGGAAGCGUGUGGUUAUUACGGGUGCGUCUGCCGGGAUCGGGGAGCAGAUAGCGUAUCACUACGCCAGGUUUGGUGCUAACGUUCUGGUGACUGCGAGACGAGGCAGUGUGUUACAGGAGGUGGUGAAGAAAUGUCGGGAGGUCGGAACACCGCAAGGCCGGUACGAGUACGUGAUAGCGGACAUGAGUAAUCUGACCUCCACACAGUACGUCAUCAGAGAGGCUGUUCGACUUCUAGGAGGUAUCGACAUAUUGGUGCUCAACCACAUCAUGGCAUUUCCUCUCGGUGAGUGGCUCGGCUCCCAUGAAAACCUCACACAGUUCUCCAAGAUCAUGGACAUCAACUUCCGCGCAUACGUCCAUCUGUCGUCCCACGCACAGACCCACCUCGAGAAGAGUCACGGAAGCAUCGUUGUCGUAUCAUCGUAUGCUGGAAAAAUAGCUGUGCCCUUUGUGGCUCCUUAUGUGGCAUCCAAGUUUGCACUGGAUGGAUUUUUCAGCACACUCCGGCAAGAGCUCAGACUGCGAAACUGUGAUAUUUCUGUUACCCUGUGUGUCAUAGGGCUUGUGGGGACAGAAAGUGCUUUGAACCAGCUGCGAGUGUUCGGUCAGAACUUCCUGCUGUCCACCCUGUACAUCGCCAGCCCCACAGACACGGCCCUGGCCAUUGUCAAGGGCGGAGCCAGGCGGUCACGGGAAAUGUAUUAUCCUUAUAUGGAAGUGAGGCUUCCAUACCUUCUCAGGGAUUGGCUGCCUGAUGUGAUUGAGGCGAUAACGCGAUACAUGAACACGCCUUCUCACUACAGAUAAUAGUGUCUGUGUUUAGGUGAUUGUUUUACUUCAGGCUGGUUUAUGAAUAUUCAUGAACACGCCUUCUCACUACAGAUAAUAGUGUCUGGGUUUAGGUGAUUGUUUUACUUCAGGCUGGUUUAUGAAUAUUCAUGAACACGCCUUCUCACUACAGAUAAUAGUGUCUGGGUUUAGGUGAUUGUUUUACUUUGGUUUAUGAAUAUUCAUGAACAUGCCUACUCAUUACAGAUAAUAGUGUCUGGGUUUAGGUGGUUGUUUUACUUAAGGCAGGUUUAUGAAUAUUCAUGAACACUGCUUCUCAUUACAGAUAUUAAUGUCUGGGUUUAGGUGAUUGUUUUACUUAAGGCUGGUUUAUGAAUAUUCAUGAAUUGAUGAAAUGGUGGUGGGGACAAAGUUUCUGCCAGAAAGAAAGACAUUUUUGGGUAUGGCGCUAUGAAAUUGAAUAUUUACAAUGUGUGUGCUGAAUGUGAUAGUGGGUAUCAGGGUCUCUCCCAGAAAGAAAAUGUGUUAGGUUUAGGGUUAGGGUUAAGAAAAUCAUACAGUAACAGGGCUGCCAACCAUUACGAUUUAUGCGAUACGAUUACGGCAAAUCCACGUUUUCCUGGGGUUUUGGGGGUUUUUUUUGUAAUAACCACGAAUCACAUAAAUUGGACUCGCCCAACUAGCCGCAAAUGCGCACGGAAGUUUUUUUUGCACGCGCGCAACGCACUUCGGGAUAGACGUAGCUUGUGAAACGACGCCAUUUUGUAAAGAUGUCGAAAAAACGCCAACGAUCAGAGCCAUAUGAACUGUGCAAAGCUCAGAAAAAGCCAAAAGUAGUACAGAAGUAUAAACAGGACUACAGCAAUGAGUGGCCUGUUUUGAAGGCCAGUUCUGUUGGUAAUACUAGUGCAUUUUGCACUUUAUGUCGUGUUGAUUUUUCUGUUGCCCAUGGCGGGAAAAAUGAUUGCCAAAGGCACAUCAAAACGAAGAAACACCAGGACAUCGUUGAGGCCAGCGAUAAAACAAUUCAUAAACAAAUAUCUGGAUAUUUUACACAGCAAAAGGGUUUAUACGACGGGUCACAAUUCACGCAAAAAUUAUUACUCUUUCCCGUUUUUAAAUGUUGGCAGCUAUGCAGUAAUGAUAAAGAGUCAUUAAUUUUGUCAAAAGGUCAAAUUAAAAAAAACAAAUCUGCAAAACAUUUGGGUAUAGUGCCGUACCCAGUUUACCCUCUGGCAAAAAGCCUGGUCAGGAAUAUCAUGCACUGCCAGGAAUAGUACCUCUGUUAUCAUGAUUCACGGUUCAUACUCAGUCUGGAACUCCUUGAAGAUUAUGGAAUUUAUCUUUUUCAUUUUCCAGGUCUUGAAAAAGUAUGGGAAAAAAUACAAUUUUGCGUCAAAAAGUUUUGAAAAAGUAUGGAAAACUAGCAAAUUUUAGUAACUUGCAUAAUGUCGCCCGAACGCGAUCUUCUUUUACACGCAGACAUUAACAUUCAGAAGCUAAUCGGGAGUUUCCAAUUUUAUAUACUUUUGCAGUGUGCAUUUGGAAGUCAUCUAUCUUAGUGGGAUUCGAUUUGUGGGACAUUGCUUUAAUGCAAAUAAUCUAAAAAGUAAGUCUGGAAAAGGUAUGGAAAAAGUAUGGAAAUUUGUUUUGAAGAAGGUGUAUGAUCCCUGAUUGUUCUACAUAAUGGUUUAUGGGAGGGAUACACACUACAGUACUGCCCUGAUAAGCCAAAAAACUGUUAAAUGAAGAAUUAAUGAUUUUAAAGUAAUAACUUUUGUGCCUUUUAUUCAUCUGAUUACAAGUUUUAUUAAGCAGGUAAACAAGUUUGUUUCUCAAAGGUAGUGUUUCUGGAAGGUAUCACUCUGGUUUCACCAUUCAUUAGCUAGCACCCAAUUUUCAGUUACUGCCUUUUAUCUUAGCAGGGAACAAUAGGAGCAGGGUGGGAAGGCAUAUAUGCUUCUUGUAGUGUGUGGGGCAUUUUUCUUUUACACUAUUCUACUGGUUUUAAAAAGGUAAGAAGCUGGUGGGGAUAUCCACACUUUAAACAGACAGGAUAAGAAGCACACACCACCCACAAACGAUUAAGGGAUUUAUCUUUAUUAUAAGAGAGUUUUGUGAAGGGAUAUAACUCCAUGCAAAGGGGUAUAACUCUGAGUAAUUCAUAUGCUAAAUACAUGGGCCAUCUAUGGCCGAUAUCGUCUGGAGUAAACUGGCGGUGUUUGGCUGAUAUUGUUGGAAAGGGUAAAAGCCGAUGAUUUGCCUGUUAAACCAUCAAUGGCCAAUAUCGUCUGGAGUAAACUGGCAGUGUUUGGCUAAUAUUGUUGGAAAGGGUAAAAGCCAAUGAUUUGCCUGUUAAACCAUCAAUGGCCAAUAUUGUCUGGAGUAAACUGGCGGUGUUUGGCUGAUAUUGUUGGAAAGGGUAAAAGCCAAUGAUUUGCCUGUUAAACCAUCAAUGGCCGAUAUCGUCUGGAGUAAACUGGCGGUGUUUGGCUGAUAUUGUUGGAAAGGGUAAAAGCCAAUGAUUUGCCUGUUAAACCAUCAAUGGC